AUGGCCCGUAUUGAGAAGGUCGCCCCUCCAUAUCCACCACCUCCAGAAUGCGACGACGCGAAGGCGGGCGAUAGGAGGCGCCAGGCCACCGAAUACCGCUUCUUGGCCCAAAACUCAAUCGACACGGAUGAGUCUUCGGGAAUGUCAAGUGGAGAAGACCCAACCUGGGAUGAUCAGGAAGAAUCUACCUUGGAUGACGAAGAUAGCAGCAUUUCCUCAAGUGAAGAUGAUUACUUCUCUGGCUCGGGGUCUGGCUCAGGCUCAGGUGAUGCUGAUGCGGAAUCGGAGGAGGAUGAGACUCCCGACAGCAGUGAACAGGAAGAGGAGCUUCAGGUGGAACAAAGUAAAGACCUGAAUACGAUCCCAGAUGAUGACGAGAAGGAAGAAGAUGAGAAGGAGUCCAAAAAUGAUCUUGGCGAGAACUACGAUGAGGAAGAGCCGAACGGAAUCAGCGUUCCCAAAAAGACGCCACGCAUCAGCACCGACAUGGACAACAAAGUUGAGACAUACGUCAUGGCUCAGAAGAAAGGCUCCCAGAAUCCCCUUGAAAGCACCGAGGUCCUGGCAGCGGUGAUCGCGGGCGGUGUCGCGGGUCUCAUGUUGGCCGUGCUGCUCAUCGUCUUCCUCGUCUACCGCAUGCGCAAGAAAGACCAGGGCAGCUACAUGCUGGGGCGCCCCGCUGCCCAGCCAUACCAGCGCACCAGCGACCAAGAGAUCUACGCAUAGGGCUCGCAAACCGACUGUUUUAACCAACCCCGCAACUCAUCACGAUCAUAAUAAUCUAAGAAGUAAAAGUUGGAACAUGUAAUGUGAUACACGUUCCUCAAGUUGUAAAAUAUCAGCCUAUAUUAAGCUGUUGUUGCUGAGAGGUUAUGAAUCAAGUGUGCUGGUUUUUAGGGUACCGUGCAGGGUUGGCAAUACAUUAAAAAGGAUGGAAACUUACCCGGCUUUUUUAAUCGUUUAUUGACCCAACAGGUGACAAGACUGAUUAAGGGACAUUUUGUUUUUAAGCAAAGACUGCCAGAAAUUAACUGUUGUUGAUGAAGUCAUUUAUUGACUUUAUCUUCUGACUGGUUGGAAUGUAUGAUUCACAAAACACUUAAAACAGGUGCAUUAUCAGUUACUGAAGACUAAUUUACAUAAGCUAGCAAGCCUGUAAGAAUAAAGCCAACGAGCAGUCAUUGUACUACUGACUAGUGUAGCAUGCAAGGGUUUUUAUAAAUAUUCCUUUGCCCUAAAACCAUAUUCUUUUUUACAUUGACAUGUUGCCUGGAUUGUUUGUGCGUAGCCUUUGACAUAGACAUUUAGGGUUUAACACAAUGGCCCGUUUUUGUUGAUGUUUUAUAUUGCCUUCAUGAAAUGUUAACCCAUACAUGUUUUAUUCUAACAUGAUACAGGAAUCUAUUAAUUAUGUAAAUAGGGAUUAUUUUAACAUAUAACUUAUACCGAUUGUUCAUUUUAAUUAGAAUAAUUUCUAUAUGUUGAAUGUUUUAUAAUUUCCAGCAUGUCUGCUUGUUACGCUGGUAUUUACAGUGUCCAAAAAACAAACAAAAAAUAAAGUUAUUUAAGUAGUUUUCAUUCAGUACUCUCAUUAUUUGAAUAGCUGCAAAGAAUUAUAUUUUCUAUAUUUGUCUUGUUUUUAUUGUAGUGUUGAAUAUAUCUCUGCUGUGUAAAUGUCAUAUCAAUUUAAACAACAAAAGAAACACCGCGAUGUGAAUGUAGUUGGUGCUCUUAUUAACACAAAAUAGCAGGGACGCGGAGGUCAUGGACACAGUCACUCUCGAAUGGACCUGUUUUGUGUGGGGGCCACAUCCAAUAACACGAAAGCACGUCUGAUUGCACUUUACUGUAAAUGUGUGUGUUCCCAUUAUAUUAGCAAUCAUGUGAAAACAAAUAUAUAGUUUAAGCAGCCCAAGUGAAACAAAACCUAGAGUUAUUAUUUCGACACAUUUGUGUAAAAUACACUUAAUAACACUGCAAUGUAUGCAGACGCAGUAAUAGGUACUUGUGAUUAUUAAGUAGGUAAUCUCUCGAGAACUGUUUAAUCGAAUAUCAAUUGUCUUAUGAACAGAUCCAGUGGAUGCGUAGAAGCUAUGUUACAUAUCGGAGACAGGAGUUUGUAAACCUUUGGCAUUUGCAAACACAGCAUGCGCUGUAUAGCUGUUGUGCAGAAUUUGUCUUUAAGCGUGUUUCGUUUAGAAUCCCCCCCCCACAUGACUGCAUGCUUUUGUGCAAAUGCCGACAGCUUACAUCAACCCUGGGGAAUUUUACAACUUCUGUAAAGUUUCUUGAAAACUUUGCAACCACCACGAGUCAUUUUUGUUUUAAAACAAAGAAUACUCCGUAAAGGGGUGCAUUGCCUUGUUUUCUUGGACUUGUUGACGUUUAAAACGAAUAACUUGCUUUCAAGUAAAACAUGCUGAGAUGAAAACAAAGUCACCGUGAGAAUACUUCGCAAAACGAAUGUAUUCGCCUGCAGAUGUUUUUGUGCAACUAAGCCCAAACGUUUCGUGUGCAACCUAAGGUCACACAUUUUAACUUGUCCAUUGGGUUAAAGGGAUGAAUUGGGACGGAACAUUUAACACUCAAACAUGACUUGGCAGAGGUAGAUCCUACCAGCUACUUAAUUCAAAUUAACAUACUCGAUCAUACUCGUCUACUCAUGCUACUCAGGCUUCCGUUGUAACUAAAUAUUUAAAUUCUCUACUAAGGAUAUAUUGCAAGAUAAGUCAGGGGUGUGUCUUAAGUGCAUUUAAAUCAAAGACUGAAUAUUUUCUCAGAGCUUCAAUGAUUUUGUUUUGCCUUUGUAUGAUUGUCUCGUUGAAGAAUAUCGCUAAUUUUAGUAUGUGUAGGUUGAUGGCAUUUAAAAAGAAGAAACUCAACAUUCCAGUCAGAUGAAUGUCACCUGCCUGAGAAGUACACAACAGGGAGUGCCAUUGUCAAGUACAGGUUUUGUGAGUGAUGUUCAGCUGUGACAGUAUAUUAAGCAAGUUUCCAUACCUGACGCUACAAACAUAGUUUUUGGCUUACGUGUGUGUGUGAACAUGAUGGCGUAUGUUUCACACAUUUACUGAAUGGGUGAUACAUGCUGAGGUACUGAUGCAAAUACACCAAAAUGUAACAACAGAUAUGUUGCUUUGUGUGUACAGAUGGUAGAGUUUGUGUGCAUUUGAAUGCAAAUGAGCAUGUUUGUAGAACUCACCAUGCAAUCCUGGGUCAGUACGAGCAGAUACAAUUGAGCAAUGUUCAUAUGUGCAGUUGGUGGUGCAUUGAAUAUUAAAGUACACAUUUUUUUGUACAAAAUACAUUCCUAGUCUUAAUAUGAUCUAAUUUAAUACUAGACCAAAGGAUAUUCACAAUGUAAGCAUUUAUUAUAGCCUAAUAAAUAUGUUCUCUUUUGAUUUCCAUAGACACUGAAAGUUUUGUACUUCAAACGUCGUGUUUCUAAGAUGAAAAUAAAUUGUACCAAAAUUGUCA